AGAAAAGUUGUUUAAAUAUAAUUUCCAUUGUUAAAAGAUUAAUUUGGCCCUUCAAAAUUAAUGUCGUGUGAAAGCCCAGUAGUUAUUGGGAUUUUCUGCCCCUUUUCCUUUUCAGCGACUGAUGAAAUUGGUCUCACUCAAAUCCUAAUGCUUGAAUUUUGAUCUAUGGUAUGAAACUAUGAAUUGUGCCAAUUUAACUGUUCGCUCUCCGAUUAUUUUUUCCGAUCAGGGUUUAUGGCUGCAAAGCAAUUUUGGAUUUACUCGCUUUCUGAUUUCCGGCGUUGAAUUGUUAAUUUUCAAUGGCGAUUGUUUGUGUGUGAUGUGGGACACACUUGCAGAGGAACAUAGCCAACAUUUCAAUCACAUUUGUGAAAUCUGGGGUCAGGAUCUAACCAAGAUGGAUGGUGAAUCCAACGAGCAACAAACCAAGCGAGAACGAUUGAGGACGAGAUGGACACCUGCACUUGAUAAAAUUUUCGCAAACAUAGUUGUGGAACAGAUUCGACAGGGAAAGAGACCAAACAAUAUUUUCGACAAGAAAACAUGGAAUCAGAUCCGCGAGGAAUUUAAUAGACAGACCGGUCUCAGUUUUAAUAACAAACAAUUAAGAAAGCAUCUUAAUGUUCUACGUACUCGUUAUCAUAGUCUCCAAUCCAUUUAUACGCAGAAUGAUGCAAUGCCAGAUCCCUGCUACGCGGGUUUUGAGCUGUGGGAAGAUAUCGGGGUAACUCUCUCAUCUGCACAAACAAAGAUGGAACCAGCGAAGACAAAGGAAUGUCCUAUUUACGAGCAGCUAUGCACAAUAUUUGCAGAUUCAGGCGUGGAUGGAAAAUACGCCCAAUCAAGCCACUACGGAAGAUUGAACAAGUCAGCUGGAAUUGAUCAGUUUAGUUCUGAAGGUGCAAACCCAAGUCCUAAAACUCCAUCUAAGUCGAAAUCUAUGCUAGGAAAUGGAUCUUCACCCCAAAACGUUAGCAAGAGCAUGGCUGACAAAAAGAGAAAGCGCACUUCCGAAGUUGGAUCCAUCUCUGAUCAAAGUCACGGGAUAAUUGAAACUAUGGCUACAGCCUUCUUGGAUAUGAUCAAGUCCUCUAGGCUUCGAACAGCCACAAAGUCUCAAAUGGAUGAAAGAUUCACCAUCACUAACUGCAUAAAAGCGCUGGACAAGAUUGAAGGAAUUCAUGACAAACUUUACUAUGCUGCCUUGGAUGUGUUUGAGAAUCCUAAUUUCAGGGAAUUGUUCCUUUCUCUGCAGAAUGACUACCUUCGACUAACAUGGUUGCAGAGAAAAUGUUCUCCAUUUAGCUAUUGAGUUCUGGUUGGAUUCGUCUUUUUGACUAAGGUGCAGUAUCUCUUUUGCUUGUAAAGUACACAGAUCUUUUGAUCCUUUGAAGCAGUGUAUAGGAAUGGGAUUUCUUAACAUGCUCAGGUGUAUAUAGCCCUUAGUUUGUAAUUUGAAUUGCGCUUAUUUUUAUCUAUGUUCAAUCAAUUAGUAUUUACCUUUAA